UUAGAAUUUUGUUGUCUAGUUCUUAAUUUCUGCAACCAGCUAAAACAUAUACAUUAUUUUUCUUUUAUAAGAAUCAUAUAAUAAUCAUAACAGUGACAGAGUAUAAAACCCAUUUUCAUUCAUAAUAGACUUAUUAUUAGGGUUUUCCCUCUCCUCAAAUAAUCAUAUUAUAGAUUCACUCUUUGAAUGAGGAUUCGUAAAAACGCCAAGCUUUCCCCUCUUCUACACACUUGCUCUUCUUCAUUGCUCCAAAACGGUUCAUUUCCAGUUCAAACGCACGUUUGUCAGCUUAACCAGUCUCCAUGGGAUGUGAUCCCCUUUCACUCCAACAACUCAAUCCAGUUUCAAGAUGAACCUACCUUCAAAACUGAGAAUUUCCAUACUGAUGAAAGUGUUGCGGCCAUGAUGGAUACUGAACAUGUGCUUGAGGAGGAUAAUACUGAUAAGGUGGUUAAUAUUAAUAACAAUGGUGCUGACAAAGAUUUGAAGAGCCACGGCAUUGUUGCGGGGCCGCCGCGGCGCGCGAGAGGCCGACCAAAGAAAACGGUGGGUUUGAGUUCGAAUAAUAAUAACAAUAAUAACAAUGAGUUUUAUUAUUAUUCUGGAUUUGGUCCGUUGUGGGGAAAGAGAAGAGGCGAUAGUGAUAAUAAAAAUGGUGGUAUAACAUUAGGUUUGAGUGAGGAUAAGGUUAAUGUUGGUGUUAAUGUCGAUUCUUGUUAUUCGGAGAUGGAUUAUGUUGAUGAUUAUGAUUAUGAUGAUUAUAGCGAUGAUGAUAAUGGGAAGAGAAGAAUGAGGAAACCGGUGAAAGAAAGGUCAUUGAAAUCGUUAAUGUGAAUUUUGAAGAUAACAUGUUUGUGAUAGUGCGUAGGAUGUGAAUUUUGAAGAUAACAUGUUUGUGAUAGUGCGUAGGUAGGAAUUGGAGAAAAAUGAUUGUUGAUGUUGUUGUUGUAAUAAUUUUUGAUGAUGUUUUAGGUUGGAUUAUGAAUGUUUGUCCCAUUUUGAAUAUUUAGGGUUAUGUUAUAAUGUUGUAUCAGCCUAAAAAACCCCCUUGCUGACCAAUUUCAUUCUUCAAUUUUGUUUUUGUUUUGAAACACUUAUGCAGUGUUGUCAAAUAGUUACAGGGGGUGCUAUACCACAGUUGAAUUAGAACUUAGAACAAUUUUGUUUUUGUUUUCAAACACUUAUGCAGUGUUAGUCAAAUAGUUACAGUGGUGCUAUAGCACAGUAGAGUUAGAACUUAGAACAGAUAUUCAUUUCCGCAUGUAUUUAGUGUAAAUAGGUGUGGCCUGAAAUACAGAAUGAGCAUUUUCAAAUUUCCAUAA